UAGGUCUGCUUGCUUGCAACUUACUCUGUCUUCGCUCGUUCUCUACCGUUGGUUUAGUGGCAUACGUCGAAUGGUUUGAGUGAAGAAGAAGCAAGCGUUUAAUAUUUGUUUUUCUCUGAUAAACUGUUGUUGUCGGAAUGGGGAGUGGGGAUCAAAGAGACAAAGAUUAUAAGGAGAGAGUCGAUGCCGUUCUUCAGCUGCUAAGGAAACAAGCUCCGCUUACAGUGAAACAAGAGAAGUUCUGCAACUAUACCUGUGUGCAACGAUUUUUGAAAGCAAAAGGAGAUAACGUGAAGAAGGCUGCGAAGCAUUUGAGAGCUUGCCUCUCCUGGAGAGAGAGUAUCGGCACUGAGUACUUAAUAGCAGAUGAGUUCUCAGCUGAACUCGCAGAAGGCUUCGCCUACGUUUCUGGUCACGAUGACGAAUCGAGGCCUGUUGUGAUUUUCCGAAUUAAGCAAGACUAUCAGAAGUUUCAUUCACAAAAACUGUACAUACGCCUACUGGUUUUUACACUUGAAGUAGCCAUCGCCUCCAUGCCAAGAAAUGUCGAACAGUUCGUACUCCUCUUCGAUGCGAGCUUUUUCAGAUCGGCUUCGGCUUUUAUGAACUUGUUGCUGGCGACACUAAAGAUCGUAUCGGAAUAUUACCCAGGACGUCUCCACAAGGCCUUCAUCAUCGACCCUCCCUGGCUUUUCUUUUACCUCUGGAAGGGCGUUCGGUCGUUCGUCGAGUUAUCGACCGUGACGACGGUGGUCUCGACAUUAGACUUCGAAGACUCACAGAACUACGACGACUUCUCGGCCUUCCCUCCACGAGCUUCUUCCCUCCGAUACGACCCGUCGACAACCCCAUCAACGGCCAAGGUUGGCACUUCUGCGUCUACUCGGUUUGCGUUCACCGUGUCCCACCACUUCGACUCCCUCAAGCCUUGGUACCUAAGCUUGACUGAGAUUUCAGCCUCCAAGAUGGGACCCACCAGCCCAUCCCCUUCGUUGCUGGGUCCCGCUCUGAUCUCCCCACUGAAUGCGGGAGCCCGCUCCUACUCUUUUGCAUCACCGGCUGCUAGAACGCCACGUGGUGAGAUGAGAGGUAGCGGUCCACCGGCUCGGAAGAAUAACUACUUCCCUUCGACCCCAGUACUGAGACCCAAAGUCAACAACAGCGUCAAACACCCAUGGACGCCAAGACCGUCGUUCCUUCAGUCACCCGCCAUGUUCCUGCGGAAGGACAGUGUUAACAGGACCGAGAAGGCCCGUGAGUCGUUCCUGCCCUUUCUGAGAUUCUACCGGAGACCAUACGACGAGAUGAUUUACAGGUCAAAGAUGAGACCGCCACUGGGAGGACUCGUAUCCGUCGUCACUACUCCUCAGAUGAGACGACGCCACGUCUCAGCAUCCCAAAGGUUUUGAAAACAAAAAGAAACAAGAAAAAAAAAAGAGUACAUUUGACAAUAUCGCUGGUUUGCUGCUGGAGGAUAAUAACGGUAACAUAGAAAACUUCUGUGAAUUUGAAUAUAAAAUCGUUGCGUGGGUUGAAGGCUCCUCAAUCAAAAUGUGAGAAUGUGAAGGAAGAUAGAUAAAAGGAGACGACGUAGCAGGCGGGGUUAUGAGAUGGUGUGCACGUUGUCUCGUGUUUUUAAAUUCGUGGACUCCCUCUUUUAGUCUACGUUUUGGGUGAGGGUGCAUCCGUACAUAGGAAAUGCGAUACCGUGAUGGCAACGACGAACAUUGCAUCGAAAUUCAGUAGGGGAGGGGGGGGGAGGCCAUUAAGAAAAUCUCCAUGGGGUUUACUUUAAUUAUUUUAUUUCUGGAGAAUUGAAGCUUAAUUGGAGCUCUGGGGAAUCUAUGACUUGUUCUCUGACUUGUUGAAUUUAUUCACAAUAAAAGUUUGAAGACUCUUUUCUUU